AUGAAUGAAAUCAGUAUAUUAAAAGAAAGUUAUGAACAUUGUAUAAGCAUUGCAUUUUCAUCGAAUAAUGAUCAAUUAUUGUAUAGUGCAGGAUUACCACAUUUAAAUCUACGUGUAUGGGAUAUACUGUCGACAUCAGGUCAACAGAAACAACAACAAAAACCUGUCGAAUGUUUAUCACCAGUGGAUGAACAACACGGUUAUCUAAGUAUUGAUGUCGAUUCAAGAAGGCAUAUUCUUGCAACUGGUUUAGUGAAUGGUGAAGUAUGGUUAUAUAAUGUACAGAAUAUGUCUACACCAAUUCAUUGUAUCUCUAUUGGAUUAGGGAAUAAUUCUAUUCGUCUACUUUCAUUCUCAUCCACUUUACAAGCUGAUCUAAAUGAUGUAGACUUUAAUAAUAAUAAUAAUGCAUCAAAGGAGGCGGCAUUAUCCAAUUUAUCAACUUCUUCUCAAAUAACCGAUGAAAAUUCUUACAGUGAAUCAAUGAAUAGUACUCAUCUAACAUGUAAUAAUAGUCAAAUUCGUCAAGCUUUAAGCGAAUUAAGUAAUACAAUGGCAACAACAACAAUAGAAACAACGGGAAAAACAGAACAGUCUAAAUCACAAACAAGAUGGGCAGUAAUACUGCAUGAAUUCGAUCAACCAGAAUCAAAAUCACUCACCAAUAUUGAUAAUUCAAGUCGAUCAUUGUUAGAUCAAAGUUUACUGAUAAGCAGUGAUACAUCUGAAGCAGUGACUGUUGAUAGCAUAAACCAGAAGUCAUUAGCGUUAUCAUCAUCAUCACCAUUGAAAUCGCUUACAAGUCAUCCGUAUGAUUCAAUAUUAAAAGAUAAUAAAAGUUUGCCGCCGAUGCCGAUAGAUACGUCUAGUCGUCAUUCUAGUACCGUUGAUACAGAGAAACUAGAAGAAACUGUACAAACAACUACGCACCCACCAAUUGAAGCAUUAUGUAAGCAUCUUGAUAGUCGCUUAUCAUCUAUGAUGUCUGAAUUAAACUGGUCUCAUAAUGAAUUACUUUACAAAUUUGCUCAACUUGAAUGUAAACUUGAUCAAAUGAAUAAACUCUUAGUACAAAUGAAGCAGGAACAUGAUCUGCUGCGAUUGACAUUCACUAGACAUAGGCCUUUUUAA